GCAGUGGUGGUGGAGCACAGCUGAUGUUGAGGAGAGAGGCAGUGGUGGUGGAGCACAGCUGAUGUUGAGGAGAGAGGCAGCGGUGGUGGAGCACAGCUGAUGUUGAGGAGAGAGGCAGUGGUGGUGGAGCACAGCUGAUGUUGAGGAGAGAGGCAGCGGUGGUGGAGCACAGCUGAUGUUGAGGAGAGAGGCAGUGGUGGUGGAGCACAGCUGAUGUUGAGGAGAGAGGCAGUGGUGGUGGAGCACAGCUGAUGUUGAGGAGAGAGGCAGUGGUGGUGGAGCACAGCUGAUGUUGAGGAGAGAGGCAGCGGUGGUGGAGCACAGCUGAUGUUGAGGAGAGAGGCAGUGGUGGUGGAGCACAGCUGAUGUUGAGGAGAGAGGCAGUGGUGGUGGAGCACAGCUGAUGUUGAGGAGAGAGGCAGCAUGUGUGAAGGCUGUUCUCUAAAAUAUUAUCUUCAGCUUUACAGAGAGGACAGGUCAAGCACCCCUGAGCCUUGGAUCUUUCCUCAUCUUAAGCAGCAGUAUAACAGCCCGAUGGGACUAACUGCUCCUACUCCUCUACGCCUCUGAGAUCCUCUGAUUUCUCCUCCACUUUUUUUCACAGCCUGUGGCAGUAUUUGCUUUCCACAGAGAUGGACAGCUGCUCAGUCUAGACUUAGACUGAGAAUCAUUGUUGGAUCUGUGGAUUGACUGUGAAGCCACAAAUUCAACUGACUUUAUCAAGAUUAAGGUCCUUGUAUUGGAGACAGGCCCGGAACUGACACCAGAGACCUAGAGAUGUGAUGACCAGAGAAGUCGUCAAAACAGAAGAACUCGUCAUAUUGUUGGUGGAUGGUGUCAACCAAACAGAGGUCAAAAUGGAACCAAUUAGAAAAGACAUGGAGCUGCUAAGUAACAGCAUGGCGAGCUAUGCUCACAUCAAAGCCAACCCAGAGAGCUUGGCUUUGUACUUCAUGGUGGGUGUGUGUUUUGGCCUGCUCCUGGCCCUGUGCCUCCUGGUCACUGGCAUCGCCUGUAGCACACGUCGUGGUCGCACCAAGAACAACAACACUCCCCACUCCCUAGAGAGGAGACAACUGAAGUCUAGUGAAGAAGAUGAGGAACAGGAGAAAGUGGAUGUGGAAGAAGGGGAGGAGGUUGAGAUCCCUAAAUUAACUGCGGUGCCUAUGAGCAACCUCAGCAGCCAAUCAAAUGGUACUUUGAGGAGCGUGAACGUGUUUGCGUCGGCAGAUGAGCUGGAGAGGGCGAGGCAACUGGAGGAGAGGGAGCGCAUCAUCAGAGAAAUCUGGAGAAACAGGCAGCCUGAUAUAAUGACCACUGGGACAGGGACCAUCGGACGGGUACACUACCUCUAAAGGACCUAAAGUGACUCAAUGACCUAACAUUUUAUUAACCCUGAACUUUAUCUACUUCAGACAGAGACUGUAGAGGACUUUACUGGGCAGGCACAGAUUCACCUUCAUCUUUUCAUUCAAUGUGUAUUUUCAACGUUUUUCAUUAAUGUAUGACUAUGGCAAAUGUGUUGCACAAUACAAUGCACGCUUUUAUGUUUAUACUUCAAUGAGUAUCCAUAUACAUUUUGGUAAUAAAAAGUAGAAUUUCAUGA